GCGUGACUUCGCUGAGGCCAGGUGAUCAACAGAUUUGAAACGAUCUGAGUUCAGUUUCCCAGCAUGCUCUGGCUGUGGUAGAGGUGAAUGAGGGGGAAAGGUCUGUCGUGUUGCUGUGUCUGUACUCAGGUUUUAUACCUGAGGACUCCACAGUGAUGUGGACUCGCAGUGACCUCGAUCCCAAUUCAGUCCACCUACGACAAGAAGGAGGAGACAAUCUUAGAGGACAAAACCAGCAUUACAGAGGGCGCACAUCAAUGAAUCGUUAUGCUUUAAUCACAAAUGACUUCAGCCUCACUCUGACGAAACCCUCAAAGACUGACAGCGGCAACUACACCUGCUCCAUCAGUGCUGGAGGAAAAGAACGGAGACUGGGAGACAUCCAGCUGCAGGUCAAAGACCAGCAGGUGGAGGUGAUGGUGAGGGAAGGGUCACAGUCUGUCAUCCUGCCCUGCAACACAACACCUGACCUGCCCAAGAACACCACAGUGGAGUGGACUCGCUCUGAAGUUGGACUCAUCACAGUCCAUGAGUAUUCUAACAGAAAUGAUAACCUUAUGACUCAGGACGAAGUUUACAGAGACCGAACAAAGAUGAAUAAAGACCUGCUGAGAACUGGAGACCUCAGUCUGACCCUGAAACACCCCACAGAGAGAGACAGUGGAGGAUACAUCUGCACCAUCUACAGGGACAAAGACAUCCUGAGACAGAAAGUAGUGCUGCAGGUCAAAGAACCAUUUCCACCCUGGGCCACAGCUCUCUUGGUUCUCCUGGUUCUUCUUGUGGUUUUUGGAGGUCUUUUAUUUUAUUUCCGGCACUAUUUCAUGUCAGGUGAGUAUUACCAAAAGGUGGAGGUGGAUUCAGGGGUGGAGUCUGUCCAGCUGCCCUGCAAAAAUAUAGUUAACUUUCUUAAAAACACUAAUGUGGAGUGGAAAGACAGAGACAACAGGAUGGUCCAUGUGUAUGAGAAUGGCUCUGACCAGCCUGGAGAACAGCACCAGGAUUACAAAGACCGAACAAAGAUAAAGAGAAACCUUCUGAAACCUGUGGACUUCAGUCUGACCCUGAAAUUUCCCACAUACAGAGAUACAAACACCUACACCUGCACCAUCAGCAGGGGGGGAAACAUCCAGAUAAAGAAACGAGUGGAGCUGAAAGUCAGAGGUCAGUGA